AUGGUAACAGAGAUUCGACAACAGGGACAAUAUUUCCAACUACCAACCGAUGCAAAGGUAUACAAAUCUUACGAUACCUUUGCGAGAGGAUUCGGCACCUACGAUUUCAUUAUAAUUGGCGCAGGACCAGCUGGGAGUCUAAUAGCAAACAGACUUUCAGAAAUAAAAAGCUGGAAUAUACUACUUGUAGAGGCUGGAGGGUACCCAAAUAAUGUCACUGAUAUACCUAAUAUGUACUUUGAAGUUGGAUAUACCCAGUACAACUGGGGUUUCGUAAGUGUCCCUCAAAAGACAGCUUGUUUAGGAAUGGUCAACAGACAAUGCGCUAUGGAAAGAGGUCGGGGUUUAGGAGGAACAACUCUAGUAAAUGGUUUAGUUUAUUCUAGGGGAUCAAGUUUGGAUUAUGACAGAUGGGCUAGAUUGGUACAGGAUGAUAGGUGGUCCUACAAAAACGUCUUACCUUUAUUUAAGAGAACUGAAAAAUUCAAUCAUCGAGAUAGAAAAGCUCCAGUAGAUAAUUUGGUGCAUGGAGAAGAUGGUCUUCUUAAUGUCGAAUAUCAUGUACCAAGAAGUCCUCAAUUAAAUGCUUGGCUCGAUGCUCAUAAGGAAUUAAACUUACCAGUUGCUGAUUAUAAUGCAGGAACGGGUCUUGGAGCUUCCCCAGCACAAAUAAACACGCGUCGUGGGAGAACCCAAGAUGCUGGUACUGCGUUUAUCCUCCCAAUAUUGAAAAGAAAAAACUUACAUGUUCUAACGUAUGCCUAUGUUACCAAAAUCUUUAUUGACAAACACAAAGUAACCCGUGGAAUUGCUUUCACGUAUAACGGAAAAAACUAUAUCGCUAAAGCGACUAAAGAAGUUAUACUCAGCGCAGGUGCAUUUCAAACCCCCCAGCUACUUAUGCUUUCAGGUAUAGGACCUAAAAACCAUCUGCAAUCUCUAGACAUCCCACUAAUACAUGAUUUGGAAGUUGGUACUACAUUAAGAGACCACCCGUGUUUUUAUGGGUUAACUUUCAAAACUAAUUAUACGGAAGCCAUUUUACCAUUAGAAAAUUAUGUAGAGCAGUUUCUUGAAGGAGUAGGACCUUUGACUUCUCCAGGAAACAACCAAGGAGUUGCAUUUUAUGAAUCACGAUUCACAAAAGGUACAGGCUACCCCGACAUCGAAAUAAUGUUCAUACCAUCGAACGCUACAAAUGAUCUUUCCCAGAAGGCAUUUAGACUGACGGAUGAAACCUAUGAAGACGUUUGGAAAAAUAUUGAUCGAGCACAAUCAUUUGUUCUAUACAUUGUUUCAUUGCAUUCUGACUCCAUCGGUACUGUGCGUCUGAAAAGUAAAGAUCCAUUCGAUUACCCAGUUAUAGACAACAGGUUCUUAUCAGAUCCUGGUAACAGAGAUUUGGAAAGAAUUUAUGAAGGUAUCCAAAUAAUGCUCAGACUUGCAAGAACAAAAUCCAUGCUAAAGUUAGGCACAACAUUACAGGGAGGACCGCUGAGGGAGUGUCACAAUUUCAUUUACCAAUCCAGAGAGUACUGGGAAUGCGCUAUUCGUCAAAUGAGUAUGAAUCUUUAUCAUCCUGUAGGAUCUACACCGAUGGGGCCCAAUCCUUCGAAUGGUGACGUGGUAGACUCAGAAUGUAAAGUGUAUGGUAUCAAGGGGUUACGAGUUGCGGAUGGAAGCGUUUUUCCAUUCACUCUUGCAGGACAUCCAACGGCAGCUAUAGCUUUAGUCGGAGAAAUGGUCUCGGAUUUUAUUAAGCAAGAUUAUUUCCAUUUUUAA